CGCCCCGGGCCUUGGCGCGCCGCUGCCGCCGGGGCUGAGCGGGGCCGGGGUGUCUUAGCGGGGCUUCUCCCGCCCCGGCGGGGGAUCACAGCAUCACAGGCGCCCCCGGCUCAGAGGGGUGGUGGCUGUCGGACCGAGGUCGCUGCGGGCGGGCUCGUUGCGCCCGGUGUUCGCGCUCAGGGCCAUGAUGAAAUCCCACAAUGCUGUUUUGAGAGGAUGAGGUGAAGGGGGAGAAAGCCCAGUAAAAAAUGGCCAAGCAAACAGCCGUGACGAUUACUUUGGCCACCCUGCUGGGUGUUGCAUUGGGGGGGCUGGUUUUGUGGAAAGCGACCCAGCGUCGGAAAGGAAAAACACGCUGUAGUAGUCAGCAAGAGGAAGCAGCAAUAAAGUCAGGAGAUGAGAAACUCAUUAAGGCAGAGGAUAAGAAGGUGCUUUCCUUCUUCAGAUCUCCCACCUUUUUCUGGAUAGAGAGGACCCUUGGUGCAGACAUAGUGAUAGUUUCAGAGCAGGAGGAGUGGGAUCACGUUGAACCAUUGCUGAAGAAGGAGCUGGAGAAGUGGCCGGUUCUUGGAAUUGAUUGUGAAUGGAUCUCUGUGGAGGGAAAAGCAAAUCCUGUAUCCCUGUUGCAGAUGGCUUCUUCCAGUGGCCUCUGCAUUCUUGUUCGGUUGCCCAGGCUUGUUGCCAGUGGCCAGACUCUUCCUAAGACCCUGCUGGACAUCAUGGCAGAUAGUGCUGUGUUGAAAGUUGGGGUAGGAUGCUGGGAAGAUGCUUGCAAAUUGCUUCAUGAUUAUGGUCUUGCAGUCAAAGGGAGCAUGGACCUCCGGUAUUUAGCCAUGAGACAGCGGAAGGAUCUACUUCACAACUGCCUUAGCCUUAAGUCUUUAGCUGAAAAAGUCCUGAACUUCCCGCUUGACAAAUCUCCUCAUGUGCGUUGCAGCAACUGGGAAGCAGAAGAACUGACACAAGAUCAGGUUCUCUAUGCUGCUAGGGAUGCCCAGGUCUCAGUGGCUGUGUUCUUCCAUUUGCUGGGAUUUACCAGCCUCCCUGCUACACCUGAAGGUGAAAACUCUGUCACUGCCUGGGAGAAAGCACGGGGUAAAUGCCAGGGCUUGGUGGAUAUUCCAUUUAGAGGAAGAAAGAGUGGCAGCACAGGAGAGGAGAAGAGUGGAGAGGGAUGUUCCCCUCAGAAGACAAAGAAUCGGAAAUCUUGGGUGAAUGGCCAGCCCUCUGGCAAUCAGCAAAUGAGAGAUCCACGGAGGCAGAAGAGAAAGCCCCUGGGUGUGGGAUAUUCUGCACGAAAAUCUCCGCUGUAUGACAACUGUUUCCUGCAUGCACCAGAUGGACAGCCCCUGUGCACUUGUGAUCGCAAGAAGGCUCAGUGGUAUUUGGACAAGGGGAUUGGAGAGCUUGUUAGCACAGACCCUUUUGUUGUGAAGCUGCGGUUUGAGCCUUCAGGACGUCCUGAAUCUCAAGUUGAUUAUUAUCUGACAGUCAAAGAAAACCUCUGUGUUGUUUGUGGCAAGCGAGAAUCCUAUAUCCGGAAGAAUGUUGUUCCUCAUGAAUACCGAAGACAUUUCCCCAUCCAGAUGAAGGACCACAACUCACAUGACGUGCUCCUACUCUGCACAUCCUGCCAUGCCAUCUCCAAUUACUAUGACAACCACCUCAAGCAGCAGCUGGCCCAGGAGUUUGGGGCUCCGAUCGGCUCCGAGGAAGGUGUGCGUCUCCUGGAGGACCCUCUGCGCAGGCAAGUGCGCUCGGGGGCGCGCGCCCUGCUGAAUGCAGACAGCCUGCCUGACCCCCGAAGGGCAGAGCUGCUGCAAAGCAUCAAGGACUUCUAUAACACAGACACAGUCACUCCAGAGAUGCUCCAGGCAGCAGCUGCUCUGGAAACCAGGAUCUGCAAUGAGAGCUACGUGCCACAUGGACUGAAGGUGGUGCAGUGUUGUGCUAAAGGAGGCCUGCGCUCUCUUAUGCAGCUGGAAAGACGCUGGCGGCAGCAUUUCUUGGACAGCAUGAAGCCCAAACACCUCCCAGAGCAAUGGUCAGUGGACCAUAACCAUGUGAAGUUGAUCCAAAAGUAUGGUGAGGAUCUUCAGAUCAAGCUGUCAUGAAACUAAUUUCCCGGACUCUGGAGAGUGUCUAAUGGACAUACGUAGCUGAAGAUGGAAAGACUGUUUUCAUUUCUAUGUCUCCACUAACACAUGGGACCUGGGUUUGCAAAAAGGCAGGAAUUGAUCUGCCAGAUUUGCCAGUUAAAGUUAAAUUUUGCAGUUUAUAGAGUUAAAUCCAUUGACUUGAACUUUCAGGUGGUUUGGAAGUUUAAUCUUAGUCUGUCACUUACUAGUUCAGGGCAAGAGUGAUAUGAUAAAGGAGCUUGUCUUCUCAGAGUGACUAUGAAGAAUCAUUUUCUGGCUCCCAGGAUGUCUGGUGCCUCCACACCAUCUCUCAUAAUAAAGUGAGUUCAGAGAAAGGCAACAAAAGCACAAUAGAUGAAUGUUUCUAGAUUUUUCUGACAUACAUUUGUGCCCUUGGCUUUACCUUGAGGCCAGUAGGACCAGGGAGGUCAUUCUUUCCCUAUACUCGGCACUGGUGAGGCUGCACCUUGAGUGCUGGGUCCAGUUCUGGCCCCUCAGUUUGGGAAGGAUGUUGAGACACUUGAGUGCUUCCAGAGGAGGCAAUAAGGCCGGUGAGGGGCUUGGAACAGCUGAGGGAGCUGUGGGUGUUAAGCCUGGAGAAAAGGAGACUCAGAGGUGACCUUAUCACUCUCUGCCACUUUCUGGAAGGUGCUUGUAGUCACGUGGGGGUUGGUCUCUUUAUCCAGGCAGCACUGACAGAACCAGAGGUCACAGUCCUAAGCUGCGCCAAGGGAAAUAUAGGUUGGAUAUUAGGAAAAAGUUUUUUACAGAAAGGGUGAUAAAGUAUUGGAAUGGUUUGCCUGGGCUGGUUGUGGUGUCACCAUCCUGGAUACAUUUAAAAAAAGACUGGAUGUGGCACUCAGUGCUAUGGUUUCAUUGAGGUGCUAGGGCAUGGGUUGGACUUGAAGGUCUCUUCCAACCUAGUGAUUCAGUGAGCGUCUUCUUGAUAAAAAUCUUUCUUUGUUUUCAGUCCAGUUGUAUUCAUAAGAGUUCUUUCUAGAGAAGACCCCCUGCCAGAGGGAGAUUCCUUGUAUGGAAGAAGCAAAGAAACCUUAUUUUUUUGCAGAUUCUGAGCUAUCCCAGCAUUGCAGAUAGGCCUCAGCAAGUUUCCUGGUGGCAGGUGCCUGAUGAGAAGUGACACUCUGGCAGUAUGGAAAUAGCCACAUCCAGUCUUUUGUUAAACAGCUUCCAGUAACAGAGUUUAUAAAAAAUGUUUUUCCUAAUUCUGCUUGUUUGUCGUGAGUAGUGUGCUCAUGUGUGCAGGGCUGUUACAGAGAUGGGGUGGCAUAACUCCUGUGACUGGAGUGUUGGAAUGGAAGGAUGCAGGCCUUUUAGGAAGAAUAGGCACUGGAGGCAAGGAGGAGGUGUCACCUAUGUCAUUGAUUGGUUGGAGUGCAUGGAGCUCCAUCUGGAGUGCACGGAGCUCAAUCAAGGGAUGGAUGAGAAGUCCAUUAAGAUCUUAUGGGUCAGGAUUAAAGAGAAGGCAGGGGCAGGUGACAGAAGGUAUUGCUACAGAAGAAAGACUGAGUAGAUGAAGCCAUCUAUAGAUAAGAGCAACCUUGUGUUCACAAUGCCUAGUCAUCAUGGGGAACUUCAGCCACCUCAUAUCUGUUGGAGAGGCAACACAGCAGGGCAUAAGCAAUUCAGGAGGUACCUGGAAUGGGUUACUUUUCCAGAAAGCCAGCUGCAUCAUGGACUGCAUCAAAAGAGGCAUGACCAGCAGGUAAAGGGAGGUGAUUCUCCCCCUCUAUUCUGCUCUUGUGAGGCCACCUGGAAUAGUGUGUCCAGCUCUGUGCCCCCCAGCAUAAUAGAGCAAGUCCAGAGGAAGACUAAAAAGAUUAUUAGACAGCUGGAGCAACUCUCCUAUGACUUCUUACAAGGAUUAAUGGCUUUAAACUGGAAGAGGCUAGGUUUAAAUUAGGUAUUGGGAAGAAAUUAUUUACUGUGAUGGUGGUGAUGCACUGGAACAGCUUGCCAGAGAAGCUGUGAAUGCCUCAUCCCUGGAAGUGUUCAAAGCCAGGUUGGAUGGAGCCGUGAGCAACCUGGUCUAGUGGAAGGUGUCCCAGUCUGUGGCAGGCAUGUUGGAACUGGAUGUUGUUUAGAGUUUCUUCCAGCCCAAACCAUUCAGUGAUUCUUUGUAUAGCACUUGGUGAGUAUCUUUCAAAAAUAAGGACAGGUGUCUUAAAAGGGGUGAGAGGAAACAAUUUAAAUUAAAGACCAGAAGCUUUUAAGAGAUUUGAUCACAUGUGUGUUCUGUACCUGGAUUUGACAUGUGUGGUGGUGAGCAGGUUAUAUUCUCUUCAUGCCUGUUUCUCUGUCUCUAAAAUGGGACUAAUAAUACUUAACUAUCUCACAAGGGUAUUGUGAGGCUUAAUUAAUUCAUGUUUUUGUAAAAUGCUUUGAAAAUAUAAGCUAGUGUCUGCUAAUUAUUGUUGUUUUUUAGGAUGUGCUGCUGUCUAACUUCCUUAAAUAUUCACGUUUUUGUGUUUGGUGCUAGACCUUAGUUAAAGAUAACUUUUUAAAAAUACACACUCCUUUCUGUACAAUCCCUUUUGAUGAUUUUGAUUGCAUGAGAUGAGUGUGCUUCUACUAAAUGAUGAAUCUAUGCUCAACUUUUAUACGCCUCUGUAAAGAAGUUUCAGUAAAACCCUUAUCUUCACACAGCUGUGUAUAGCACAGUUGACCCACAUUUUUUUGUAACAUUUGGGCAGAAUUCUGGACCUGCUGUGAUUGUGGCUGAAACUGGCCCUUAUUAGAUAAUUCAAGAAAUUUCACAGGCCAGGGGUAAAAACCCUGUUUAUAGCAGAGACUGAGAUAAGUAGGAGCCAUGGAGAGAAAUGGUACAUUAAUGCCAUCCCAGAGGAGCUGCAGUAGCAGCAUGAGGAUUCAAAGAUUCAUGAUAAAUACUACUUAUCACAGAGCUGCAAAUGAGAUAAUUUUCAUUAUGAGGGCAAUUUUUUCCCCUGUACCACUGGCAAGUCUUAACGAAAAAAGCAUCUAGCCAAAUGUGGUAUGUCUCUGUGCUUAUUCACAAACUUGAUUAUAAUCCCAGCAUGACCUUCCUGCCUACAGCAGCAGUUUGGAUAUAACUUUUUCUCUCCAAAGCAUUUUGAGCAUGUGUUCAGAUAGUGCUAUAUCCUGUCUCCAUCUGAUUGGGGUGUUGAGAACACUCUGCAUGACUCAGAGACUUCUUUUCUGUCAUCAGGAGUACAAGGUGUCCAUUUCACCUCUUUGUUCUGCUUUGGUUUUUCUCCCUUUGUUCUAAUACAGGAACUCCUGACCAAACUCUUUAAUGGAACCAAUUGGCUGACGACAGGUCAGGUCUUUUCUGUUUGUGAGACAAGAAAGUAAUGUGGAGACAAGAGCUGGACUGCAGAUCGUCUAGUUUUGAGGAGCCAGUGGUAUCAUUGAACAGGGAUUUUUCCAAAUCACUUGUUCAGAAAUAGAAACGAACAAGGAGAACUUACUUCACAAAUAUUUUUUAAACUAAGAUUCUUUGUUUUUUGUAAGAUAUUCUUAACUUGCAUAAUUUUAAUUUAAUCUGAAAGAAGAGGGGAAACAAUAUAUUUAUUAUGCAGAAAUUGGCUUUAUUUUAUUAUGAUUUUAAAUUUUCUAUUAGUCUAUAGAUAAAACUUCUUUGUAUGUCUCCAUUGCUAAUUGUUACAUUCUAUAAAAAUUUACUCUUUUACCAGA